UGGCUUUUUUCUUUCUCCAUUUCCUCUCACCAACCACCACCUCCGCCUCUCCAAUCUUUCCAUGGCGGCUGCUGCGACGGCGACCACAACGGCAACGGCGUCGUAUUCAACUCUAUCUCCCAAACACAACCUAUCUCUAUCCAUAAACCAUCUCAACAAGAACAACGUUGUUCUACCUGAAAACCCUAUCCGAAUUCGUCCUCUUUCGGUUUCUUCUUCCCGUCCGUCGAAACUUCCGAUGAAAGUCUCCGCUACUUCCGCUGCCACUCCGGUAAUCGAAGGUAGCAAGUCAAGUUCCGACGAUGCAGCUUCUUCUCCGACAAUAGUUGAUGUUAAUUUAGGUGAUCGGAGUUAUCCUAUUUAUAUCGGAUCCGGUUUACUUAAUCAACCUGAUCUUCUUCAAAGGCAUAUUCAUGGGAAGAGAGUUCUUGUGGUCACCAACACCACAGUUGCGCCUCUAUACUUGGAUAAAGUAGUAAGUGCUUUGACAGAUGGGAACCCUAAUAUCAAAGUAGAAAGUGUAAUUCUACCUGAUGGCGAGAAGUACAAGGACAUGGACACUCUGAUGAAAGUUUUUGACAAAGCCAUCGAGUCUAGAUUGGACAGACGCUGUACGUUUGUUGCUCUUGGUGGUGGUGUCAUUGGUGACAUGUGUGGAUAUGCAGCAGCUUCUUUCCUCCGUGGAGUCAAUUUCAUUCAAAUUCCCACAACUGUUAUGGCACAGGUGGAUUCUUCUGUUGGGGGCAAAACUGGGAUUAACCACCGUUUGGGGAAAAACUUGAUUGGUGCAUUCUAUCAGCCUCAGUGUGUGCUCAUAGACACUGACACGUUAAACACUUUGCCUGAUAGAGAAUUAGCAUCCGGGCUUGCAGAGGUCAUUAAGUAUGGACUUAUUAGAGAUGCUCCAUUCUUUGAGUGGCAAGAAAAGAACAUGCAUGCAUUAAUGUCCAGGGACCCAGAUGCUUUUGCAUACGCUAUUAAGCGUUCAUGUGAAAACAAGGCUGAAGUCGUAUCUCAAGAUGAGAAGGAAAGUGGACUAAGGGCUACACUAAACCUGGGUCAUACAUUUGGUCAUGCUAUAGAAACCAGCUACGGCUAUGGGCAUUGGCUUCAUGGAGAAGCAGUUGCAGCUGGCACGGUGAUGGCUGUUGAUAUGUCAUAUCGUCUUGGUUGGAUUGACGAAUCCAUUGUGGAACGAACAAGUAACAUUUUAAAACAAGCUAAGCUGCCUAUUACUCCUCCCGAGAUGAUGACUGUAGACAUGUUUAAGUCUGUCAUGGCGGUUGAUAAAAAGGUGGCCGAUGGAUUACUUAGACUCAUACUUUUAAAAGGUCCGCUUGGAAGCUGUGUUUUCACAGGUGAUUAUGACAGAAAAGCCCUUGAUGAAACCCUUCAUGCAUUUUGCAAGUCCUAAGCAUUGGUAUAGAUUUUUGUUCUUUGUUGUGUAAGCUUUAUAUACAAGCCAUAAUAUGGUAUUAGUUUAUGUAUCAUAAAUGGCUCUUAGUUGUUGAUUUUCUGAUUUUUUUGUAUCAAAAAGCGUGAAGUUCAGAUACCAUUACAUUUGAUAAUAAUAUUAGGGUUGCCCCCUUUGGUUCAA